UCUCUCAGAUAUGUUGCAUUAAACAUGCUGAUGAAAGCAAUCACUUUCGAUGAUCAAGCAGUGCAAAGACACAGAGUUACAGUUUUGGAAUGUGUUAAGGACCCAGAUGCUUCUAUUCGGAAAAGAGCACUUGAGCUUGUCACUCUUUUGGUGAAUGAGAAUAAUGUCACACAACUGACGAAGGAGCUAAUUGAUUAUUUGGAAAUCAGUGACGAAGAUUUUAAGGAAGAUCUUAGUGCAAAAAUUUGUUUUAUCGUUGAAAAGUUUUCUCCAGAAAAACUAUGGUACAUUGAUCAGAUGCUCAAGGUUCUGUGUGAGGCUGGAAAGUUUGUGAAAGUUUGUGUAAGCAAAUGAAACCGAAAAAUCGAGAAGAAUACAAAAAAUGUAGUGGUGGACAAGGAAA